AUGGUAGCCAUUUCAGACUCUUUGGGCUCAAAAAUUCCUGUUGUUGUGGCAACACUGGUCCGCGGUAUGUUCCUCGUGGAACUUACUGGUUUCAUAGUGGCAGUGAUUAUUGAGCGAGCAUUCGCCUCGUUCUUCAUUGCUGAUUACGAGAGCAAUCUUCGAUUGUGGAUAUGGCGCGGGAUUGUUUCGUUCCUAUUUCCGGCGUCGAUUCUUGCAGCAUGCUUGGCAGCGAUACCAGGCGCAUUUGCCAUAGCAAUUUAUUGCUGCUGGUUAGCAAUUCCAAUCGCUCUGCUUUCAUCGGCAUAUCUUUUCCAACGUAAUCGUGCGAGGCUCCGAUAUUUACAAAGCGACUCACUUCGGUUUUCUGUCAACUAUACCUUGAGUAUCAAAUUCCAGCUGAUUGAGAAUGUAAGAACAAUGAAAGUGAGUUUCCCUCGAGAAAACUGA